GACGCUCUAGUCGUCGUUUGUCUAUGGCAGGCGGGGUGGCCGCCUUAGCUGCCGGAGGUGCCGCGCUCUCUACCGGCCCUGGGUGAAGCACCAACUCUGCUACGCGCAGCCUGCGGUGCGGGUCAUGGCGCGGCUACCGAAGCUGGCAGUCUUUGAUUUGGAUUACACUCUCUGGCCUUUCUGGGUCGACACGCACGUAGACCCUCCGUUCCAUAAGAGCAGUGAUGGAACUGUACGAGAUAGGCGGGGCCAAGACGUCCGACUGUACCCAGAGGUGCCUGAGGUCCUAAAACGACUGCAGAGUCUUGGGGUGCCCGGUGCGGCUGCUUCAAGGACAAGUGAGAUAGAAGGGGCCAACCAGCUACUGGAGCUCUUUGACCUCAUCAGGUACUUUGUUCAUCGGGAAAUCUAUCCAGGCAGCAAAGUCACACACUUUGAGAGGUUGCAGCAGAAGACUGGAAUUCCUUUCUCCCAGAUGAUCUUCUUCGAUGAUGAGAGGCGGAAUAUCGUAGACGUCAGCAAACUGGGUACUGAGUGACGAGCAACAGCCAUUUGGGGUCCCUAGGAGGGAUUAGGUGUUACCUGCAUUCAUAUCCAGAAUGGAAUGAAUCUUCAAACUCUAAGUCAAGGGUUAGAGACAUUUGCAAAGGCCCAAACUGGGCCUUGAGGUCCAGCCUUGAGGAAAGCCCAUUUGAGGCCUAAACUGAAAGGAAAUCAAGAAGACAUUUUCAGGUGCAUUUGUAAUUUAUUAAAGUUCAUCUGUGUGUGACAGUAGAGAUUUUUA